AUCAUUCGGCAUCUGACGCAUAAUUAACGAUCGCAAAAGUUAAAAUGGAUGGAAUAAGAAAUAGUGGUUAUGUUAUUUAUUUUUUAUAUUAUAGUUUCUUCUUUUUUGUAUUAUGUUUCAGGAAUCAAUGGUUUUAGUGGAAAUGAUAAAAAUGAAGCUAUAAAUGAAAAUGAAAUUAAUUCUAGUUGCAAUGAUUCUGAAAUUGUGACAGAAAGUGGAUCAGUUAUGUCGAAACAUAAAUCUGUCUUACAUAUUAUUCAAAGUCCAAGUGAAGCACCAAAUUUAAAGUCGAACAUAUUCGAGAAUAUGUUGUCCAAUGAAAUGUUUUCCAUAAAACAGCAGCUGUAUGAAAAGAAUGAAACUAACGUGUCACCAUUUUUCAUAACUUUUAAAAAUAGUAUAGCAACACCGACACUAGAGUUGAAACAGCGAUGGCCUAUUGGAAAAUCUUUAUCUCAGUCAAAGGAUGAACAUAAAAAGGCAAAUUUAAAUAAAGUUUAUAUAACCAAUGAUCAAAGGAACUUAUCUUCACCUAAAAUGGAUGAAUACAAUAAAGAUGGUGACAGUAAAUUAAAUGAUAGUAUACAUAGCAAAGUUCUUGGUGUGAGAAGUUUUGAUACAAUGCCUGUUCAUCAUAUUUUGGAAAAAUCAAACAAUCAUCAAUCUACUAGACGUCACUGUACUUGUAUGAAAACUAAUCCAAGUACAACAUGCAGUUUUCGAUGCUCGGACCAUACAAAGAAAAUAUGUACUCAGACCGAAAACUAUAUUGCUGCAAUUUCUCAAUGUACAAGAAACGUAAUGCCUUUUACAUACUAUCCUUAUUAUAUAUAUUCAACAUUGUUUCUAGGAGCUCCAACAGAUUCUUCAAUUGCUUAUUACCAUCCUGAUGUAAUUAAUGAAUUGAAAUUACCAAAGCACAAAUAUUUUGAUUUAUAUUUGGAAGACGAUGACAAUAAAGACGAUGAAAAUGAAUAUUUAGAAAACCAAUAUUCAGAUGAAGAGAACCCAAAAAAUGCAAAGUAUCCGAAAAAUAAACACGAGAAAGGAAAAACGAAAAUACCGAAGGUACAUUUUGUAGAUUUUAAAGAAGAAAAACCAAUGUUAGAGGCAGACAAAUUUAAUGAUGGCUAUUUGCAAGUUAUAGAUAGAGAUAAAUUCGUAGAAGAUGUCGUAGAAGAUUUGAAAGUCUACUAUAGUGAUGCUGUAAUAAAAGAUUGCUACUGUUCAUUAUCAUCUUUUAAAUUUAAAACUCAAAAUUUGAUUAUUUAUAUACCGAUGUUAAUAUCACUUAUUAUGUAUCAGUUUUAAAAUCAAAUAUAAUUUUGGGUUUUUAUUGCUAUCAAAGUAAAAGUAUUUUUUAUCAAAGUAUAAUAAUAUCCACGUAUAAAUUGUAAUAAUACUAUAGCUUGAGGGGUCGCGUCUUGUCUUGCUUAAGAACAUAUUAUAUUAUUUAAAUAAAAUAUAUAGCUCGAAGAUUAAUCAUGUACUUAUAGUUUACACUAGAUAGCUACACCUACAAUAAAU